AUGGCUCGAAAACUCGGCGCGCCGCCUAGGCCGCCAUUUUAUUUUGCGCGCGAGCGCUCGGACCCUCGAACGGUCCCGGGUUUCGGGUUGCCAAUUAGGCGCCAACCCCACAGCUGGCCCUCAAUACCCUCGCCACGUCGCCCCAUUUCCCGCAGCAGCCACGCUGCCCCAGCCUCUCUCGGUACCUCCCCCUCCGACCGCCCUCUCCCAACCCCCCCCCAUCGUGCCCCCAUCAGAGCCGUGCCUCCACCGCCUCACGUCCGCUCGUUUUCGCUGCGUCUCUGCCCCCCCUACGCCCACGUGACCCCUCACGGGCCUUCUCUCGCUCGUGACCUACGUAACUCACCCAACUCCUCGCCGUUCACUCAUUACUUGUCUCCCAACCCCAAACAAUCCUCCUUCCCACUUUGCAUUAUUUCUAAGCAGGCCUUCAACACCGAUCUCACCAUGACCGCCGCCGAAGAGGAAGCCUUCGCCGAGUCCGGUGAGGAUCUCUUGGUGGAGGACCUCCCCGAAGGGCUAAUCGACGAAAUCACGUGCUCUCCCGACCAUCCUGCGGCGAAAAAAACUUGCACGGAUGCUGGCGCAGGCCAUACCAGCAUUAACUCCCCCGCCACCUCCUCUGACUCGGCCCUACCGCAGCCCCCGCGGUCUCCCAUGCCCCGUGCUGCCGCUGCUCCCGCGUCACCCUCGCGCGGCCCCACGCCCACUCUGGCAGCAACUGCUGCCGCCCCCAACGCCCCAGCCCUCCACGCCGCUGCCUACGCAUCAGUCGCCGCUGGCGUCAACCCGGCCCCCGCGCUGCCCGCCUCUCUUUUUGCCUCACCUACGCCUGGCGGAUCCCCUCGCAACCUCCGCCGCGCGCGCACUGCUACGGCGACCCCGAUGCUCCUCCCCCUUCGCCGCCGCGUGGUAGCCACGCUCCUCCUCCCGGAAGCCGGUCUGGAAUCGCACCGCACGGAAAUCCUUGCCGGGAUCAACGCGCAGCUGUGCGGCUUCAUGUUCGAUUCGGGCACCAUCCCCCCCUUUGAGCACACCGUCGGCGAACCCCUCCGUGUGGGUCGUCGCGUGUACGGUCGCCUGCUUUUCUCUUGGCCGUCGCAGGAAGAUGCCGCGGUCUUUCGCAAGCUUUUUCCCCUCAUGCUGAAAGUCUCCAACUCCCGCCCCGUCAUGCUGAAAGUUUUUGCUGAUAAGUUUGAAGCUUUCACCGCAGCAAAGGCAGCCGGCGCCCCCACCCUGUCUAUCCGAAACGUCCCAUUGGAGAUCGAUCCGGAGGAGAUCCGCGCCUUUCUCCUCGGGACCACCGAGGAAGACGGUGCGCAUUGGCUUGCGGACCUGACUGACUUUCACCGUGCUUCCGACCCCUAUGAGAACACCUUUUUCACCCACCUCGCAGGGCUCCCGGUCGCCACCCCCGAUGACCCGAACUUCGAAAUAAUCCCAUCCGAAAUUCUGCUGGAGGAGAACAAGCCAGCCAUGCUGCUCAAUUUCUCCUGCCACGUGUGCGCUCUGUGCGGUAACAACCACCGCGCACCGGACCACGAGGCCUUUGCUGCCCGCCGGCGGGGGCGCCUCACGAACAAGAACACGAUCUCAAUCGCUCAGCUGCAGCAGGCAAAUGGUACGAAACCUGCUCCUCUUGUUUUUGCCGCAAACACCCUCCCUCCCUGUUGCCAUUGCACGGCCUUCACCUGCCUUCUUUAUCCUCUCGUUUGCUCUCCCGCUGCCCCCCAUCCACUCACCGCUUCCCGCUCGGUCUACCCUCUCCCCUCCCCGCAACCUCCCUGUUCCCCUCCAACCCCCGCGCCCUCCCCCCGAUGUCCCUCCCUCCCUAAGAGUCCCCCCCCCCCCCCCCACUGCCUUGCUGCAUCCCCCCCCGCACGGCCGCCUGGAACCCUGCCAUCCCCACAUUUAAUCUGCCCAUACCCACUCCCCUCGCUCCCUCCCUUCUCAUCCCUCCCCCUGCGCCAGCUCCCCCCCCCUCACCCUGUCUUCACGUCUGUCACCCACCCCUCCCUUCCAGCGCCCCCUCCCCCGGUCUCCCAUGUCGUGGGGCUCCCACUCAACCCCUUGCCCUCCCCACGCCGCCCCCCCCUCCCUGCCCCCUCCAACUCAUGCAGGCAAGCCCCCCCCCCAGGACGCUCAGUCCUUGCCACCAUUGUACCCUCCUCUGCUCCCCCUACAGUCGGGCCUCCGUCCACCCUCACGAAUCCCCCUCUCUCCCCCACUCCCCACGCAAUCUCCGCAUCGUGGAACCUCUGCUUCCUCCAUGCCCCCCCACCCCCUGCCCCUACCCACUUCAACCCCUCCCCCCACAACACUCCCGCCCUCCCCCCUCUGAGGACUGUACCCCGCCCUCCCACGAGCUCGCCCCCCACCCGCACCCUCCCCCCACUCCCCCCUCCCCUAGCAGACUGCACCCUCUUCCGGAACCCCCCUCUCUGCCCCCUCCCGUCACUCCUCCCACGGUCUCUCCAGAAGACGGCCCCCCUGCCCACUCCUAUGCUAGCAUGUAGAUGCUCCCCUCCCCCUGGACCCAUCUGCAACCGCCCCCUGUGCUCUGACUGGGCUGCCGUUCCACCCCCCUCUGGUUUCUUUCCCCCCCCCCCCCCCCCCCGCCUGGGCCUCCGAAUACCCCCGCCCCUCCCCCGCGCCUCCCCCCCCUCCCUGCACCUCCCUCCCCCCGCAGUCAACCAGCCCACACGGUCCCCCCUCUCUUGGUCUUCACCCCCACGUCCCCCACCUGCCCGACCUCCCCAACCCUCCCUUCGUCCUUCCCCUCGCCCCCCCUGCCCCCCCCUUCUCCCCCCAACCGCUCCCUCUCUUGCAGGCAACACCCUGGGGAAUCAUGCCGCGCCGACCGCAUUCCGCAGCGACCCUGGCCUCCUCUACAUUGGGCUGGGCGAUUGGGUCGAAUACUGGACCUGCGCUCUCUGCGACUUCACCUGCAGCGCUGCCCUCGACAGCGCUAUGGAGCACAUCCAAUCCGACCUGCACGCCACCCGCGUGAAGGCCUCCGCUCACCGCCCGGCUGCCAAGGAAGAAUUUUGCCCUUGGAGCGCACUCACCCUGCUGCAGCAGAAGGCCCCGGUGGCUGCCUUCCUCCGCGGUCGUCCUUAG